GAUGGCGGCGCCCAGGAGCCGGUGAGGUGAGAGGCUCCAGGGAUCCCCGGGACCGCUGCUCCGGUGCGUUAUGGCCACGUCCCCGCACACUCUUUCCUCGCGCCUCCUCACAGGCUCGGUAGGAGGCUGUGUCUGGUAUUUGGAAAGAAGAGCUGUACAGGGAUCACCACACAGGGUCUCGCGGCUGUUCAGGAAUGUCAAUAGUCAGUGGGUCACGGUCCAGCACCUGAGCUUUCUCAAGCGCAUGUAUGUCACACAACUGCACAGGGGCCUUAGCCAGCGAGUCAAACCAAAGCCAGAGCCAGCGGUUUCUCCCUUCCUCGAACACUCGUCUUCAGGGCAGGCCAGGGCAGAAGUGGACGAGCUGCCGUCUCUCUCAGUGCCCAGGCUGCCUUUGUCCCAGAAGCCAAACGAGGAGUUGAUAGAGCUGGAAGCAGCCUCCGUGGUGGACAGUUCCCUCGACAUGGCCAAAGAGACAAAGGAAGAAAAGCAGUGGAAGGAGAUGAAGCUUCAUGCUGACGAUCUGCCCGGCAUUUUGGCCCGACUGUCCAAGAUCAAGCUCACAGCGCUCGUGGUAAGCACCACUUCGGCAGGCUUCGCGCUGGCCCCAGGCCCUUUUGACUGGCCCUGCUUCCUGCUUGCUUCCCUUGGGACAGGCCUCGCCUCCUGUGCUGCCAACUCCAUCAAUCAGUUUUUUGAGGUACCGUUUGACUCAAACAUGAAUAGAACAAAAAACAGGCCUCUGGUUCGUGGACAGAUCAGCCCGUUGCUAGCCGUGUCUUUUGCCACCUGUUGUGCUGUGCCAGGAGUGGCCCUUCUGACCUGGGGAGUGAAUCCGCUCACAGGCGCCCUGGGCAUCCUCAACAUUUUCCUGUAUACUUGUUGUUACACACCGCUGAAGAGGAUCAGCAUCGCCAACACCUGGGUUGGAGCGGUGGUUGGAGCCAUCCCUCCUGUCAUGGGCUGGACCGCCGCGACCGGCAGCCUGGAUGCUGGAGCGCUUCUUCUGGGCGGGAUCCUAUACUCCUGGCAGUUCCCCCACUUCAACGCGCUGAGCUGGGGCCUCCGUGAGGACUACUCCCGAGGAGGAUACUGCAUGAUGUCCGUCACCCACCCGGCCCUCUGCCGCCGCGUGGCCCUGCGCCACUGCCUGGCCCUGAUUGCCCUGUCCGCUGCCGCCCCCGUUCUGGACAUCACCACGUGGGCCUUCCCCAUCAUCUCCCUCCCCAUCAACCUGUACAUCUCCUACCUCGGCUUCCGCUUCUACGUGGACGCGGACCGCAGGAGCUCGAGGAAACUCUUCUUCUGCAGCUUGUGGCACCUGCCACUGCUCCUGCUUCUCAUGCUCACCUGUAAGCAGCGGCCAGGUCAGGAGGAGGCCAAGGGAGAGGCUCCAAGCUGAGAGCCAGCCGGUGCUCGGGGGACACAUGGGCAGACACCUGCAGACGCGCAGACGCGCGCACAGCACUGUGGACGCGCACACAGCACUGCCCUGCGCCAGUCGGAGGCGUGUUUUGGUGGUUCUGGCACGAAAAAGGAGAAACAGGUGGCGUCGGCUGGAGGCAGACCACCUGGUGCUGAGUCAUCACCUGACAGUCUUUCAUGUUAACACUCAAACUGCCUCCCAGGUAAGACAGGGUCUGACGUAGUGGGUUGAUACGACAAAAGAACAUUUUUUUUUCUUGAAGGUCUUUCUGCAUCCUUCCCUGCAGCCCUGUGUUCUUACACACAUAAUGUAUAUGCACAUCCCCCAGCACACACACACAUUUACCACCUGAAGGCCACCGUGUCCAUUGGUCAAACAGGUGUGUGUAACCCAUCCUCUGUAGCUGUAUAUCCUGAGGCUCCCACAGGCCUCAGAAGAACACAUACUGUGCCACAGCAUCCCCCUUCUCUGCCAGUGAGAUGGGGCCUGGCUAGCUUUCUCUACCCCACCAGUAUUCUCAAGCACCUACUCCUUCAAGCAACAGAACACCCAGCAUGGGCUGCUCAUGGGGAAUGAGGAUUCCAAACGGUUCCUAGAGAAUCUCAGGCUGUACUUCGGCAUCUAACCAUUGCCCCCGCCCACCCCACGUCAGGACUCCAGAAACCCAGGAAGUACAGGGCGCCCUCACUAUUAAAAUACAGGCGUGGUCUAAGCACUUCUUUCUGGGAGGGCAGCACUGGGCAUAAUCCCAGGCCCCUUCCGGCACUGAGCCCACCACAGCACCACCAUAGUGUGCUGUGGCUCUCAGGACUUUCUGAUGGCCGUCUCAGGACGGAAUGGGAGACAGAGGGAGCUGGGUCAGCAGCCAUGUUUGUGCCCCAUCCUAUCCCUUUUGUGCAAACCACAUUUCCACUCUAGUGCCUCCUGAGUCCAGAAAUUCGCCUGUGUGUCCAGUGGUGUUCCCAUAGGGCCAGCUGGGCUCCUGGUGGCCACAGGUCCAGCUCUGGGAACUCAUGGCCUCUGAUACAAAGGACAGGCACCUCUAAGUCUUCAGUCUGUUUUGUCCUUCCCCAGCUCCACAGAGAGGCCUGUUGCCUUAAAGUUGUGGAGCGUGGCAGGGUGUUUCUUCCCCGCCUCUCAGGGUGCUGGCCCUGUCUGGAUGCCCUCAGGUGGUUUAAGCCACAUGAAAACAGUUCUUGAACUUGAACUCUUCUCUCAAAAAUGUAGAAGGCUUGGACCGUGGCCCAGAGGGGCAAAGUGCUUGCUUAGCCAUGCUCUGGGCUCAGGGUUUGAACUCAAGCAUCACAAAAAAAAAGGGUGGGGGGUGGGAGGUGGCAUCUAGAGGGACUGCAGACCAGCGUGCCUGGUACCUCUUGCUACCUAUUGUAACAUUACCUCCUUCCUGGCAGUUUCCUGUGGGAACAGGGACCUGGGUGUCUGUAAAGUGUGUUGGUUCUCCUCCUGCAAUAAAACAGUUAUAAGAACAGGAGCGUGUGUCCUGGGUCACUCUGUCAUCCCAAGCCCACAGGGUUCAGCACGGCGCCCUCCUCCAGGAGCCAGCAGUGCCUACAGCCUGCGGGUACUUCCUUCUUUCAUGUUUCCUAACUGUAAAUUGACAAAUUAGACUUGUAUCUUUUUGUAGAGCAUAGAGGGACAUGAUUUUAUGAACCCAAGGUUGAGAUAGUUAGCAUAACCAUUGUCUCAAAUUGUCAUCACUGUAUGGUAAGGAUAUUUGAAAUUUGGUGAUUUUGUUUUUGAAAUGUAUAACAUGUUAUAUUUUUUUUACUGU